UUUGUAAAAGGGAGCCAACAAAAAAAAAAAACAAAAAAAAAAAAUGGCGACGGGGAAGGAGGAGCAAGUCGGCAAAUUUGCCCGUUCCAUUCUGUAGUUGAGUUUGGAUUGGUUCGCUCAUGUGAGCCUUGGAACAGCGCUUCGUUUCCAUGGAGUUAGAAGUGAAGUUGGUAGGGAGCAUAGAUAACUGCUUUGUAUCCCUUCCUCUUCCUCUCAUCCAACUUCUGCAUUCCACACGCUCGGCGCCACUCCCUCAUAUUCUCGCUCUCGAGCUUCGCUCUCGCUCCGACGAUCCAUGGGUCGUUGCUUGGUCUGGAGCCACUUCUGCUUCUAAUGCCAUAGAGGUUGCCCAACAUUUCGCAGAAUGCAUUUCCUUGCCAGAUCGUACUAGAGUUCAAGUAAAAGCUGCUUCUAAUGUGUCACAUGCUUCUCUAAUCACAAUAGAACCCCAUACAGAAGAUGACUGGGAAAUUUUGGAGCUGAACUCAGAGCAAGCUGAGGCAGCAAUCUUAAACCAGGUCCGGAUUGUCCAUGAAGGAAUGAGAUUUCCUUUGUGGUUGCAUGGUCACACAAUGAUUACAUUCUUUGUCACUUCUGUUAUUCCCAAGAAAGCAGUGGUGCAACUCAUGCCAGGAACUGAAGUUGCAGUUGCCCCAAAGAGACGUAAAAGAAUUUUGGAUUCACUUGCAGACUUCCAUCCGGGCUCCUAUAAUAGAGAAUACACUACAAAGAUGCUGCUCCGUAUACAGGAUCCAGACAGGCUGUGUCACACAAGUGCUUGUGUCAAAGGAGUUGAUCUUCAUAUGGAGCUUACUUCUGCUGCUUUUGUUCAUCCUGAAACAAGCAAACGGUUCUCACUAAAUAGGCUUCAAUUGGUCUCCAUAGUUCCAAGAAUAUCCAACAAGAAGGCUAGUAGUACUUCCAGAACGAAUUUUAUGAAAACAAAAGACAGUUCAACUAUUAGGGAAGUUGACUCUGGAAAUUUAACUGAUGAGAAAGAGUAUCGACAAGCAAUUGUUUAUCUUAUGCUUUCAGAGUCAGUGGCUAAGGGGCAUGUGAUGGUUGCUAAAUCUCUUCGUCAGUAUUUGAGAGCUGGUCUGCAUUCAUGGGUCUAUUUGAAGGCAUGUGAUGUUAAUUUGGAAAAAGCUAUUCCCUCCCUCUCUCUCUCUCCUUGCCACGUCAGAAUGUUAAGGCAGAAUAAUGAUGAUGAGAAUCAUAUAGAUAAGGACAAGCUCACAAGGACUGCAUCAGGUGUCUUUGGGGAUCUUGUAGAUUGGACGAUCCAUAAUGAAGUUAUUAAUGUUCUUUCAGAUGAAUCUCAUUCUGAAGCAGAUGAAGAGUUUGCAAAUCAGUCUGAGAAUCAAAAGGGGCUACAGCAUCUUCUAAGACUAUGGUGUAUUGCACAACUUGAUGCAGUUGCUUCCUUUGCCGGUAUGGAGGUUAAUGCACUGGUGUUGGGUAGUAAAACUUUACUUCAUUUUGAAGUGAGUUACAUAAAGCUUGCAACUAAUGGAAAGGUUCAGUUAGCUUCUAAUUCAUCAGAAAACAGAAACAAGACACCAGGAAUAUUGUUUUUAUUGACUAUUGGUGAAGAUUCUUUGCGUCAUGGAAAAAUUACUGCAUAUGAAAUUUUACUCGGUGAAAGAAACAAAAUGAACAGUAUUCAGUCAGAUCAACAGCUGUUUAGAAGGCUGAAGUUCACUGAUCCCGUCUCUAUCCAAUCUCUAGAAGAUAAAAUAUCUGAAGAACAUAUUACUUCAGAAUUAACUAGCCUUGACUGGAUGGAGGCAACUGCUUCUGAUGUUAUCAAUAGGAUGACUGUAUUGUUAUCUUCUACUUCUGGUAUGUGGUUUGAUUCAUACCACUUACCACUUCCAGGACACAUUCUUAUAUAUGGACCUUCAGGCUCUGGCAAAACUGUGCUAGCAAGGACUGUUGCAAAAUACUUUGAGAUGUUUGAAGACAUCUUAGCACACAUAAUUUUUGUUUCUUGUUCAAAACUAGCUUUGGAGAAUGUCCCAAUAAUCCGGAAAGAAGUUACUAACAACAUUAUGGAAGCUUUAGAUCAUGCACCUUCUGUUGUCAUCUUUGAUGAUCUUGAUAGCAUAAUUUCCACCUCUGACUCAGAUGGGCCUCAACCCUUAAUGUCUGCUGCUGGACUUGCAAGUUUUCUGGCUGACAUUAUUGAUGAAUAUGGGGAGAGAAGGCGAAAAUCGUGUGGAAUUGGACCAAUAGCCUUCAUAGCUUCUGUACAAGCUCUUGAGAAGAUACCACAAUCUUUAAGCUCUUCAGGGAGGUUUGACUUUCACAUACAGCUGCCAACUCCUGCAGCUUCGGAGCGGGGGGCAAUGUUGAGGCAUGAAAUAAAAAGGCGUCACUUGCAAUGUGCUGAUGACAUACUUCUUGAUAUAGCUGUCAAAUGUGAUGGUUAUGAUGGUUAUGAUCUGGAAAUAUUGGUUGAUAGAGCUGUACAUGCUGCUGUUUCUCGCUUCCUCCCAUCAAAAGCUGCUCUUAAUGGGCAUGAGAGUUCUGCUUUACUUAUGGAAGAUUUCUCUCAAGCGAUGCAUGAUUUUCUUCCAGUUGCAAUGCGAGACAUUACAAAAACUGCUUCUGAUGGUGGACGUUCUGGAUGGGAUGAUGUGGGAGGUCUUGUUGACAUUCAAAACACUAUUAAGGAGAUGAUAGAGUUGCCUUCUAAGUUUCCAAAAACUUUUGCGCAAGCUCCUUUGAGGUUACGAUCAAAUGUCCUUUUGUAUGGGCCUCCUGGUUGUGGCAAAACUCACAUAGUUGGUGCUGCCGCCGCCGCUUGUUCACUACGUUUCAUAUCUGUGAAAGGGCCAGAACUAUUGAACAAGUACAUUGGUGCUUCUGAACAAGCUGUUAGGGAUAUAUUCUCUAAAGCAGCUGCAGCUGCACCAUGUCUACUCUUUUUUGACGAAUUUGAUUCUAUUGCCCCCAAGAGAGGACAUGACAAUACUGGAGUCACUGAUCGUGUUGUGAAUCAGUUUCUGACUGAGUUAGAUGGUGUUGAGAUUUUAACAGGUGUAUUUGUGUUUGCCGCAACCAGCUAUAAACCUGGAGAUGGAUGGCUCGUAGAACACUCAACUCUCCUAGGCUUUAUCAGUCAAGAAGGAUGCGGCUGCUUCCACCUUCUCCAUUUCAAGGAAGCUUGAUGACAAUAACUUGAUGGUAAUUAGGGAGUGUGAUUUGCUGUUAUGGGAUUGAGAGGUUUAUCGAUCUCUCAGCUAUGCCACCACCUCAAUUCUUGAUCAAAGAUCUUAGAAGCAGGCAGCUGAACUGAGAAAUUUUUCUUGGUUUAUUGAUCUCUUAGCAAUGUUUAGUCUAGACCAGUGGUUAUAUUCUGUGAUUAUCAAUAUUAUCAAUGUUUAGUUUAGACUGGCAGUUAUAUUCUGUUAUGAUUAACAGUAUUAGCUUUAUCUACAUACAUACAUACAUCCAUCCAUAUACAUUUGUACACAACAUCUAUAUUAGCUUUAUCCACAUACAUACAUACAUCCAUCCAUAUACAUUUGUACACAACAUCUAUCAAUACAAGUUUGCUCUCCGAUACAUUCUCGCUCCUCCGUCCCUCCAAGUCUUGAUUUCAUCCCAUUAUCAGGGCUUGGCUAAAUGGAAAACCUCAAUCAAGGCACCAAACUUUCACCUCAAAUGUUCUCUCAUGCAAUCUUUAUAAAGCUCAAUGAGAGUAAUUAAGCUUCAACACCAGGUUAUCACUACUAUGAGACGGUUUGCUCUGGAGAAUUUCCUCCAAGGGUUGAAGUAGGUUCCAUCAAAAUUUGAGACGAGGGACAAUCCUAUUGAGGUUUGAGUCAGCAAGGAGCGUACUGGCUAUUGCUAACCUCUACUCUAUAAAUACUGAUAUGACUCUAACGCAAGCAAUGAAUUGGAAGCAUUCACAAUUGCAAAUAUUAUUGCAUUGCUCUAAUGUGGUUUUUGGAUUACAAUUGCUUCGAAUUUUAGCUAUUGAUAUUUUUAGGGAUGUUGUUUUUCUAAAUUUGAAUUGGAAGCAUGUGAUCAUUUGAGUCCCAAUGUUUGGUCUAGGUUUUGAAUUCCUAGUUUGAAUAUGAUAUUCUUUUAUUAUAGCUGGGUAUGUAACCAGCUGAAGUUGGACUUCGAAUAAUCAUUGGGUUGAGCUGUGUUAGAAUAGUGUGUUAUUGAGUUUGUACUGUAUGUUCUACACUUUGGCUUAACAUAGUUUAUAUUUAUUAAUUAUUAACAGACACUGAGACGCAUUAGCUGCUUGCUAAGUACAUAAAGAUAUACCCCUUCAGACUACUACAAAUAUGAGUGAAAAUUUCAUUUUCUCAUUCCCUUGCAAUUCUGACUUAUUUUCUCAUGUAAAAGCAGUAGACCGGAUUUGCUUGAUGCAGCACUUCUGAGACCAGGCAGGUUAGAUCGACUCC